AUGUCUGACGGAACCGGAGUUACCAACCCUCACACCGAGGAAACCUUUGCUGAGAGCAAGGGCAAGGGCAAGGCCGCUCAGGACGAUGUUCACCAGGACACCGCCAUGGAUCAGGAUGAUGAGGACGACGAUGACGAUGAGGACGACGAUGAGGAGGAGGUUGCCGAACCAGAUGAGGACGGUCUCGAGGAGAUUGACCUGAACAACAUUGUCGAGGGAGGACGCCGCACCCGUGGCGCCAAGAUUGACUACGCCAGAGCUGCCGAGCAGACGCCCAUGGAGGACGACGAUGAGGAUGAGGACGACGACGACUUCCAGCCCGCCCAUGAGGACACCGAGAUGGACGGCUAA